CAAGAACAGAGCAAAAGACGCUCAUAGCAUCAUAACUUGACGAAACGCAUCGCAAAACGAACGACAGCAGAAUGCGUCCUGGUAAGUCAAAGGACACAGAUAUGCAAAUGAAGGGGUGAAAUCAGCACUGAAGUUAAUUUUUCCAUUCGAUCGAACACCAAACGUUUAAAGAAGACUGUUUUAUUUUGUUUUAUUUCAUUAGCUGCAGCAAGACAUUGUUUUUCUCAUUUCUCUGAGUUGCAUCGUGAUUUCUGAUAAAGCUUGCAUUUCUAAGUAUUUAAAUGGCUAUAUUGGAUACGGUGCAAAGUUGUGAACCAUCGACAUCCGCUUUCCUCAAAUAAUCUUUCCUAUACUAGAGGCAAACCAUGUCUGCAUUGGAAAAUAUAAUUUUCAUUUCACACACUAUUUUAAAUGUAUGUCAGAGUCAGUUUUUCUAAUGAUGAAAUUUAAGCUGCUCUUUACCGGAAACAUACGAAAGCUUAGUGAUCAGUUUCGAUUUUUUGCCGCUUGCACAUUCACACUCUAGCAAUGUUCCACGAAAUUGUAUCAUAACGUUUGUAUCUUCGCAGUGUCGCAACGUGCAACAUAUUUGAACUUGAACAUAGUAGAGCUUCUUUUCUCUUUUUGCUAAACAGUCACAAGAAUAGGUCCUCAUUCGUUUUUAGCUUAGAUUUUAUUUUUAUUACCUUUGCUUUUUUAUUUUUUAUCGUGGUUUUUUCUUUAUUCGUUUCCUAACGAACCACGAAAGGGGGAAACUGGGGGGGGGAGGAAGGGAAGGAAUACCGAUGAUGGGGAUCAUGGGGUGUUAUAAGAAUAUUAUAGAGCCACAUGGGGAUCAAGUAAAUCUUAUCGUGAGUUAACCACAAUUCUCUAAUUUCUUCACCGCCGCCUCCCCUCCCACGGUAAUACAUUACGAUGAGCUGUCCCUAUGUUGGGCUUUCCUGAGUGGCAAAGGGAAGUGUAGAGGCGGGUUUAAACAAAUGAAAAUAUGCUAUUUCAGGAUCAUGAAAUUUAUUCACAAAUUCGAAUGCAAAGCAAAAAUUUAAAGUUUGUUGCAUGUAACAUUAUCGUGAAAACUUUUUCAGUUGUUCCCAAAGUAGAAGCAACAUUAAUUGUAUUCAUCUUCCUACAAUAGGAGCAGGAUUCCAAAACCGUGCCUAUCGCUCUUUUAUGGUCAGCAGUUGCUACAAAGUCCCCAAAAAUAGGUCCCAUCCUCAACAGCCGAUUUUGAUCGAACACUGUUGUUUGAUGGCCGAGGGAAAUUCCUGGGACAUCCUAGUCAAAUGCCGACCACAUUCUAAUCAACGCAAGAGGAAGAAAAACUGGCAAAAUAUCAUGAAGGUCUACCCCGAAGCCAAGGUAGAGAAAAACACAACGAUAUAGAGUUGACGUUGCCUGUCGUAACGGAAAAUCUUGAGGUUGCUGCUUUUGGAGUUCCAAAGAAAAAUGACCAGAAACGAAUGCAAAUGGCGAUAUUUGGAAAAGAUCCCACACAGGGCUGCAACUGGAAGAUUCGGGUUUACUUGAUUGAUGAUUCAAAAAAGGCAUUCAAGGUAAAAAAACAGCAUGUAACUAUAAAAAUGAUGAUAAAAGUAAUUAUGAUUUAAGAUACCAUUGAAAUAAGAAGGAAAAGUCAAAUCUCAGUCAGCAAGAAGAAACAGUAAUCGGUUUUAAUUCAAGAACUCCAGGGGUAGUCGGUUUUAAUUCAAGAACUCAGCAGAUGAAGGAGUCAGCCUCUAAACUGAUGUAACACGGUGCAAUUUACCAAAUGGCGCUCCUCUGGAGCUAUUUUCUUUUCAACGAACUAAAGAUCAGAUUCCAUCUCUUAAUUUACUCCUUCUAUGAUGAGGAACCAUCUGCUAGUUGUUGUUUUUUCUGCGCCUUUUAAUUUAUUGUAUUAUUUGAUGACAGGUUGUUUGCGAGAAAGAAGCAGAAAAAGGAAACAGACCGCUGACAACUCUCUCAGGCCUAUUUGUGUCCAACAGCAAGGAAAACAUUAGAAUUGAGUUUACGGAUCUAGAUCCAGGAUGGCAAAUAAAAAGGGACAAAGUGAAGGUGAAAUGACAUCUCUGACUGUACGGAUGAGUACUCAGCUGCUCUACAAUAAGUAUAGAACUUUCCGAGUAAAAGAUCGUUUUAGAAAGUUAUAUAACGAGGAGAAAACAAAUUGAGGUUGCAUGAAACAUAAAACUGGUAUAAAAAGCUACUCAGACAAUCGCCACUGCAUUUAAUGAAUAAUUCCAGGAUUACGUUUUCUGUGAAAUGUAGAUUUGCGACAACUUCAAAGAGGAAUGACGUCGUCCGUUUGUAUGUCUCUAUUUAGAUAAUAUCUAUAAAAGAUGCGUGGAAUUCGCCUGAAAACUCAGCAAAUUUCCCUCUCUGUGUUUUUGAAGUAAGUCACGUUGAUCGAACCAAACAGCAGUUCUUUUGCGGAAUAACAGUUUCUCAUGACGAUGACAGCGCGAAUACCGAGAUGGUGGCUUUCUUCAAGCAGGUAAAACAACAGCAGGUUAUUAAAAAAAUCAAGAGGAUAAUGACUAUUUAUAAUAAUAGACAAGUAAUGACACUUAUAAUGAUAAUAAUAAUAUGAUAAUAAAGAUAAAAUAGAUAAAAAUUCAAAUCCAAAGUACAUAUACUUGAAGAAAAAAAGAAAGCUUUUGUAUAUAAUACUAUGUAGUGUGUCAAUUCAACAAUUACUGUUUCUUAACUAUUUCAGGCUCUAAUCAGGUUCCUCCAGCUUGUUCUGUCAUUAUCAUUGCUUUUCUUCGUAAAUGUUCUCUUCGUAAUGACAAUGAUGAUGACAAUAAUGUUUAUAAUGGUGAUGGCAAUAAUAGUGAUAAUGGUGAUGGAAGAAAUAGUGAUAAUAAUAUUAAUUAUAAUAAUAAUUGCAUUAGUGAUAAUGAUGAUGAUUAUUAUUAUUGUUAUUGUUAUCAUAAUAAUAACAAGAUUAUAAUAAUAACAAGAACAAAAGUGACAAUAAUGCUAGUUGCUUAAAUAGGGAUCUAACAUUAGUUAACCUUUGUAUAUUUACGUAUCUAAAAACCCACAAAGUACGCACAAAUUGGAGUUGAAAUUUCCUAUUUAAAUUAAAUCGAAUAACCUAAAAAACUCGUCUAUUUUCUUAGAACAGAGGCGUAAGGAUCAAGCUACCACAGAAACGUAAGAAUAGUCCGACGAAACCUCCUCACGGUAAGUUAUAUUUGUUCGUCAACAGAGGGAAGGAAUCGACUGAUAUUUGAAAUUAUGUAACCUACUGUGUUAUAUUAAAGAAAAAAUUUAAUCUGCAUUCCUAGAAAAUUUAUCAUAUUAACUUCCUGUUGAUUCGUCCUUAGCUAGUACUUUUCCUACACCUCGUUUGUUUUAUUUAUAUAUUUGCAUAGUUAAUAAUGUAGAGGUUUAUGGUUUUAAGAUUUAAGAUAGUAGUGUAACGCGAAAUUGAUUGAUGAUAGUAGUAAUAAAAGUAACAAUAAUAAUGCUAUUCUUGAUAUAAAUAAAUCAUACUCAUAAUGGUAACGAUAUUUUAUAAUCUUAAUGAUAAUAAUCUUAAUGUUAUAGUCUCGAAAAUUGAUCAAAUGAAUUUCAAUUUUUCGUUUCAUGACCAGCCAAGAAUACACAGCUGAAACAUAUUUUUGGCUGCUUGGGUCCCAAACCAAACCGAGGCUCCAAAGUUGAAUGGUAAGAAAUGAAUCGUAAUGACGUAUCUUGUAGACUUCUUUCAUUCUUUCACCGGUCUCGUUUGAUUACCGCAAACUACGUUAGUUGAGGCUCACUGAUGUAAUGUUACAUCAGACUGUUUAAGAAUUCAAUCAUUUUUUAUCCAUGGUGUUCUUCAUAAUUUACGCUUGUUUACUAUCCUGGACAAUCAUGAUAUUUGAUACAGCUAUAUGCAGAUGAUUGGUUCAGGAUAGUUUCCUACAUAAUAUGACCUGCACAGCUUUGUGUGCGCUUUUAUCGUAAAACAUCAUUUUUAAAAAAAUCCCCCUUGCGCGAUGGCAUCAGCAGUGUCAGAAAAAAACGACACAAGCGUUCGGAAUAAGUACAAAAAGAAAAGAAGAUAAAGAGAAAACGGCAGUUAAAUGAUAAAAUGUUUAUUUACUAAAUAUAUUUGGUCGCACUGGACGCGAAAAUACUUAUUUUUUCAUCCCCUGAGUCAACAAGGAAAAAAACGUUACCUUGUGUUUAGUCGAAGUUGGUCGUAAACCAAAUAUAACUAAGUUUUUAACAUGUCCCGCUGUGUUCGCUGUGAGAUACUAUCAGUGUAUAAACAAGAAAUAAACAAACUUUCUUCCUAGUGAAGGUGUACUUCCCCCAAACCCUAACUUAGGACUUACCCCUUUUUUUACAGGAUCCAGUGCCACUGA